AUGGGGAGCCGCAACAUCGAGUGUCGUAAAUUUUCGCCGAACAUCUUCAACAAGAGCAAAUGCACGCACUGUUUCCGGCAGCGGGAGGAGCAUAGUGCGGCGGCGCUGGAAUGCAAUCGGGCGACGCGAAAGGUGUCAAAACGUGGAUAUUUAUUCGUGGCACCCGACUGGGAUUUCAGCAAUCCACUGUACAGAACAAAGCGAUGGCAAAGGAGGUGGUUCGUGCUGUACGACGAUGGAGAGCUCACAUACUCGGUGGACGAACAUCCCGAGACAAUCCCGCAGGCCAUAAUCGACAUGACGAAGGUGCUGGAGGUGACCACCGCGGACAACAUCACCAGCCACCCGCACUCGAUCGCCAUCACCGCCCCGGACCGGGUCACCUUCGUGAAGGGCACCUGCCCGGAGGAGACGAAGUGGUGGUUCAACGUGCUGGCCGCCUUUCCCAAAUCGAAGGGGCGACACAAACGGAACGCGACCUUCCCCGGGGGACAGGCGACCACGAUCCUGCAAGCUCAGAUGUACAGCGAGUCGCAGGCGCAGAUUUCGACCAAAAACGGCACUCCGGCCGCACGAGACAAGCUGGCGCUGCAGCUCGACACUGGCAAGGCCCAGCCGCGGCUUCGCACCCGCCAUCGAUCAUCGGUGGACGUCAGUGAUUCAGGUGAGCUAGACGACAUCGACUCCGGGAUCGAUUCGCACAUUGAGUCCGGUGCAGCAUCCAAGUGUUUGCUGCUCGAUGGAGGCGCGGGGUCGGAGAUGCGCGCGCGCGACGAACCAAAGCUGAAGGAUAUCGCCAACACGAUCACGAACGUCAACCGCUGGAGCAGCCCCUGCAUCACGGACAGUCUGUCGCUGACGGCCGGCGCAGAUCAUCUCGAGAAGCCGACGAGCCCGCGGGACGAAAACACCGUCCCGCCGCAGUACACCAACGGUGGAACCGGCGGUGGAGGAGGAGGUGGUGGCGGUAGUGGCGGCAACAACGGUGGAACCAGUGCGGCUAAUGGUACGGGGGGUGGAAGUGUCGUUGGGACGCCGCUCCAGAUGCGACCACACUCGCUCACCAUCCCCUCGAGUGCGCCAGCCAUCGUGUCGGCCAUUGUGAAGAAAAUUCCGACGUCCACCGGCGGUGCGGGGGGCGGCAAGAUGGGUCAGCAGGGCCAGCAGCUACUGCAUUCGGCCGCCUCUAGUCCGAAGCUGAAGCCUAGUCAAACGCACGAACGGGGCGACCCGGACGGCGACUGCGGCAUGGACGAGGCGCCCGCCAGCUACCUCGGCAAGAACUCGGAACACAGGAGCGGGGGAGGGGGCGGUGCGGAGGCGGAUCUUCUGCACGCGAAGAAGGGUUGGCUGCUGAAGCAGGACGUGCGGUCGGGCGACUGGAGCAAGCACUGGUUCACGCUGCGAGGGGCCGCCCUGUUCUACUACCGGGACCCGGUGGCGGAGGAGAAGGGCGUGCUGGACGGGGUACUGGACGUGAACAGCAUCACCACCAUCGCGGAGGUGCCAGUCAGCAAGGGCUACGGUUUUCAGUUGACGACCUGGGAUAACCACCGGAUCAUCCUCUCGACGAUGACGAUCAACAUCCGAAACAACUGGAUCAACGUGCUGAAAAAUGCGGCCGGUCUCCCACCGGCGAAGCCGACGCUCAGCAACAACAACAGCCUGGAGUUAAGCAACCAGAACGAUGACAACUUCAAGACGUUACACACGGACAAGGCACCGCCUCCGUCGACACCCCUACCGUCCCCGCUCGAGCUCGAGCUGAUCGGGCCCGAUGUCGAUCAAAAGCCACCACAGAAACCUCCGUCCGCGAAGAAGGCCAAACUUCACGAGAAGAACAACAACAGCCUGCUCAUCGAAGGCGUAGUACCGCUGGCGGCGACACCCGGCCCGGGUGAGGACGUCGUGGAUAAGGCACUGCCGACGAUGGUCAGUUGCAUGCGAGGCGCACCGGUAGCAAACGCCCCGAAGGACGUGGUCGUGCAUCUAUCCGCACGCGGUCCCUCGAGCGCCAUCGAGCCCUCCGGCGGGGACAGUAAUAGUUCUAGUACCAAUAGUGUUAACAGCAAUAGCAGUAGUAACAGUAGCAGUAAUAGUAGUACUAGUAGUCAGCCUCAACCAAAGUCGGCCGUGCAGUCGCCCGUGACGCCACUGACACCGAAAUCGCUGCUGUUCUCGUCCGACGAGGAGUACCGGACGGCGUCGGAGGGUGGCCGGCGGGAUAGUGUCGGCGACUGGGGAUCACCGUUGUCCCCGUCGCCACCAUCGACGAUGCCGCUGGGCGCGGCUCUGCGUACCAAAGAUAGGUUAAGGACGUCAUCUUCAUCAUCAUCACCACAGGCGGCGACGCACAGGAUGCACAAGCGAAGCCGCUCGUCACCACCGAGCUCCCGGCGUAGCACGAUCGACAGCUGUCUUCAGCUGGAUGAGGACGCAACGCUGAUCAACACGACCGUCCAUGAGUCGGAGCACGAACACCUGCACCACCACACCGGCAUUACGGCCGGCUUGGAGAAGGAACUGCAGCUACGGUUGCAGGCGGCCGAAAAGGAACUGUCGAUGCUGCGCGAGGAAACGCACGAGCGGGAGGCGCGUAUGUCGGAGCUGCUGACGACCCUGGAGCGCACCGAGCAGGAGUUGACUCGUAAGCGCGAGCUGGAGGAAAACCGCGAGAAACUGAUGGCCCAACUGCAGGAGAGCCGAGCCGCCGGUCAGGAAAUCAUCGAUCGGAUCACGCUCGAGCUGAACAAGAGUCGCGAAACGACGAAGGAUCUCGAGGAGCGGUUGGCGCGUGGCAUCGAAGAGAAUGAAUCGCUGUACCGGAAGCUGCGGGAGUAUGGCAUCGCGAGCCCCUCGUCCAGCAUGGGCUGCCUGAUGGCGAUCCAGAAGCGCAACGGAGCGAUGAAGCGUAUGGACUCGUUCAGCGAUCUCACCUGCCUGUCGGAAAUCGAUCCGGCCCAGCUCGACAAGGACAUGCUGGCGGACGAGUACCGGGAGUUGCGGGCCCGCUUCGAGAAGGCCGUCAGCGAGCUGAAGGCGAUGAAGCGCGAGCUGAAGGAUGCGCACGGGCUCUACGACGAUCUGGAGAUAGCGUACGCCACCCUGCAGAAGGAGCUCGAUCGGCAGGUCGAACAGCACGGCGCCCAGUCGCGCAUGAUGGCCGACCGGAUUCAGGACAUGACGAACAAGUACACCGCGGCCGAGAAGCAGGUACGGUUGCUCAAGCAAAAAGCAAUCCGGUCCGAGAAGCGCCGCUCGCUGUCGCUCAAGGGCAAGGAAUCACUGUCGAUCCAGAAAGAGCUGGAGGAGAAGGUGAGCGAGUUGGAAAGCAAGAUCGAUGCGCUUGAGAGUGGAGGGGCGAUCGUGCCGGUGGUGGCGAAGGAAGCGGUCGAACUGGCCACGCCGGAAGUGGUGCAACCGAGCAGACGAUCCUCUACAUCCCGCUUGCGAAGGAAAAGCCUCGACAGUGCGUCGUUGUCCUCGCAGCCGAUGCAAGUGUUGCUCCGGCUGAACAACCUCGAGAAGCGUGUGGACAGUGUCCAUGCGGUGACGGAGCUAACCCCAUCGAAGCGCGAACUGCUCGAAUGCGAAACGGCCAGUACAAGCAGCUCCGGCACGACGAUCGCCCCGACGGCGGGUUCCUGUGCAUCGACGAAGCUCCCGGAGCAUCUUAUGGAUCGACUGAAAAGCCUCGAAGGUGUCGUGGUGUCGGUCCGCGAACUCAUCGACCAAAGUGCCCAGCAGUUCCAGAACCUGCGCUCGUCCCGAUCGCGCCGCUCCGUGUCGCCGAUUGCCGAUAAGAAGGAUUCGUUUAAGUUCAUCGAGCGCUGCCUUUCGGAGGUGUCCAAGCUGCUGCGGGAAAGCUGCGACAACUGCAUCAUCCCGGACGGCUCAUCCGGUGCCUCGGGCGUCCUUGUGCUGCCCGAUUCGAACCCCAUCAAGCUGGCGCUGAACCAGCUCGAAACGCAGCUCAAGAACAAGCUGGCCGAUCUGCUCAAGCAGCGCCGUAUGCUGCGGGAAACGAACGGGUUGACGCAGCGCAAGGACAUGGAGCUGCUGGCCGAGCGGAUCGCGUUCGAGAGCGUAUGCUUUGGCCGGCUGCGGCACGCGUUGGAGCGGGCGGAGAACCUGCAGGAGUUCGAGGAGCGUCAAACCAAAGUCGAAGUCUGUGAAACGAUCCAGCUGAUGUCGAUGCUGAAGGCGAAACUGUCCGGCAAGUGUGUCGUGCGGCCGAGCAACAGUGUCGAUGUGCUCGCGAGCGUACUCGCCCGCAAGCUGAUGCUCUCCGCCGGCCGGACGAGCACGAUCCGGUCGCUCACCUUCCCACCGAUCGGCACGGCCCUGCUGGACGAUCUGCUCCGGCAGCAGCACGAGGUGCACCUGAUCGCGAAGCGUUACAAAACGACCGUCAUGGAGAACCUCGCGUACGGCCUGGCGGCCGAAACGCUCAGCUACAUCUCGUCCUCGAACGAAACGGUCCAGGGUGCGGUGCAGGAAGCCUGGCGGCAGGCGCAGGAAGCGGUCAACGCGGAGCUCGUACAAUCGGAGAUUGCGCACAUCAUGAUGCGGAACGCGCAGCGGUACGAGAACUCCCUCGCGCCCGCCUUCGGGUACGCUCUGUCCACGCAGGAGCGCAUCACGUUCGAGACGUUUGCGGACGCCGUGCACGAAGCGCUCCGGCGGGAAAUGGAUGCGGCGGUCGGUCAGCUAACCGAGUGCUACGAGGAGACGCUCGAAAAGAUGAAACGGGGCCAAUGGCGGCUGCACCUCGAGCAGGAACGCAAGCCGAGCGAAGGGCGCCAGCUGUUGGCGGAGUUUGCCGACAUCGUGGCGCACAAGGCACUGAUCGAUGCGCGCGUCCAGGUACUCAAGGGUGACUACGUGCCCGCGAAGCAGAAGCUGCUCCAGCCCAAAGGGGAGCCGUCGGAGCGGGUGUUUAGCGUGGCCGCACUGAAGCAGUACGAGAACCUUUACACCGACCUCACCGCCGACCUGGAGGUAGCGAACGCCGACGACAUCCUGGCGGAGGCAGAUUUCAACUUCAUGUACAAGUACUUCUCCAGCGAGCACUCGCUCAACAAGGCCGAAGUGAAGGAAGUGUCGGCGAUACUGAACGAGCUGGAACGCUCGGUGGUGGCCCUCCAGGCCACGCUUCGACCCGAGAACUGCGCUGGUGCCGUUGCGAGUGCGAUCGAUGUCGACAGCCUCCGCAGCAUUCACACGCGCUGCGUCGAGAUACAGCAGCGAAUCGAUUCGCUCAUUACCGCCGCCAAGCAGCUGCAGUCCCGAAGCGAACAGUGCGCCAAGCUGCAGGACAAACUGCGCCAGGUCACGCAGGAACACGAGCGUGAGCUGGCCUCAGUAAGGCAGCAGCACGAGCAGAAGCUGCUCACGCUGCAGCGCGCGAUCGACGAACAGCAGCAGCGCAUCCAAGCGAUCGAUGCCGAGCGAGCUGAACUGCUCGAGCGGCUCAACAACGAGCGCAACCUGCUAAAGCAAAAGGAGAAGGAACUGCACGACCUAUCCGUCCGGUUGACGCGCGUCGAGGCGGCGAGCAACGAGAAGGACAAGGAGAUCGAGGAUCUGCUCGACAGCUACGAUCAGGAGCGCCGGAAGGCACGCUCGCUCAAGGAGCGCUGCGACGAGCUGGCGGACAGCUGCCGCAAGACGGCCGACGAGUACGCCGAGCUGGAGAAGGAGCGCGACUACCUGUUCGAUCAGGUGCGCCGCGAGCAGGAGCACGUGAAGAAGCUCGAGAAGCACCUGGAGAUGCUGGAGACGGAGCACGCGCAGCAGGUGGACAACCUGCACGCCGCCUACCGGGAGCAGCAGAUGGCCAACGAGCUGGACUCGCAGAAGGACAAGGACGACGAGGAUAGCUUGCGAUCGCGCUAUCAGGCGGAGAUCGAGCAGUUGCGGGCCCUCUGUGAAAAAGGCUUGGCCGCGAUGGAAGCCUCGCACAAGCGAAUCAUACACGAUCUGGAGGAAAAGCACCAGCAAGAGAUCGCCAAACUCAUUCUGGAAAAGGAACAGGCGCUGGCCGAAGAAACACAGGCAACACUGGCAGCACUCGACGCCAUGAAGAAAGCCCACCAGAAUGAGGUACAGCGGGAAGUGACGCGCUUCAAGCAGGAGUUCCUCAAACAGUUCCAGAAGGGCGGCCAACCGCCACAAACCUAUCGCGAGAAAGAACAAGAGCUGGAGGACGUGCGGCUAGAAAUACUGUCCCUCUCGGAGAAGUACUCGAUGAAGUGCGUCGAGACGGCUUCGCUCGAGGAAAAGCUUCGCAUUGCGACGCAACAGUUGAAAUGCUCCCAGCAGCACAUUCAACAGCUCGACGUCAGAAAUAAGCAACUUCGAGCGCACUUCAUCUCGAGCCCGACGGAGGAAACGGCCUCCGCACCGCCGACCACCAGUGUCGUAACGCCAAAGGAUACCAAUCUGUUCGCCAGUGGCAGCACGGAAAACGAUCAUCAUCCGAGCAUUGGCAGCAGCUCCACGGUACGAUCUGCCUCGAAUCGGGUCCCUUCCCGCGGAAGUAACGAGCGUACGGUGCCCAGUGGCGAACUACUGCACUCUCCCACCUCACUGCCUCCGACGGCCGUCGGGGACAGCUUACUGGGGACGGCAGCUCCCACCACCAUCACCACCACCACCACCGCAACCGCCGAGAACACCCUCGAGAUGCUCGAUCUCCGCGACUGUCAGCAUCUGCUGCUGAACAAUAAGAAAGAAUCGCAUCCCCGGUUGAAGUUUACCGAAGGAGCCAAACUAGGUGUAGCACCGAUCUUCUCUACCUCCAGCUCGGGCGGCUCGGCCAGCCCCGCGACGACGGUCAUCGACUCUGUCAACCUGGCGAGCAGCACCAACAAUAACCGCGCCAAAGUCCUCAGCUCCAAGCAGCUCAACAUGAACCUUAUCAGUGGGUCCGGUACCGGCGUCGGCGUCGUUGCCGGCACCACCGGGUCGUUUGCCCCUCCGUCGCCUCCGACGCCGCAUCCGGUGGCCCUCACCCUGCCCCUCAUCACAAGCGCCACGCUGAAGAACAGUAACCUGCACCGGCAUAACCACCACAACAACAACAACGCCAAUCCGGCCGGAAGCACUAGCGCCGGGAUCGGCAACAACAACAACAACAACCACCACCACCUCCUUCAUCAACACCAUCAUCACCACAUUCACAACAACAACAAUAACAACAACAAUAUCAGUAGUUUACAUAACAAUAAUAAUAAUAAUAAUAAUGAUAACGAUAACAUGCACGAGCUUAAGCCAUCGACUAAACUUUGUUCGCCCCCUCCCUUAGAUGAGAGGGACGUUGAACAGCAAAUUCAUCGGUUCGAGUUGGAAAUCUAACGCAAAUCACGCAAACAGAGUCACGUAAAAUCACUGAAAGAGGAGAAAUUGUUCAAGCCAAAAUUGCUUAAAUCCAACAUCCGAGUUUUUUUUUCUUCCUGGCCUCAAACACACGCAGCGCAUCUUUUGGGACAAGUUGUUUUAUAGAAAUUUUUCAAAACCGCAUACCAAGCGCGUUUACUAACAUACACCCGUUGAAACAAUUUGAACAGCAAAGAUAAACUAAACCUAUGCUAUAGAGAACAACGCGAAACAACGCAUUAAUCAUUAUUAUUAUUAGAGAGCACGCGUAUGAUACUUUAACGAGCGACAAACCGUUUUAAGCCACGCUUACUAUGUUUAUUUGUUUUUUUUUUCGUUAUCCUUUGCAAGCUCUUCAUUUUCAGAGCUUUGGGACGUUUGAAGAUCUUUUUUUUUUGGUUGGCGAUCGUUUUUAUUGUGUUUGUUGUUGAUGUUGCUGUUGUUAUUGCGGGAAAUGUUGUUGUUGUUGCUGUUGUUGUUACAGAAGAAGGGUCGAAGAUUUGGGGUCAACAGUGUUAACCGGCUCCACAGCGACUGACUGCUCGAAUUAAUUGUUUUCAACUCUGCUAACUUCAUUUAUUUAUUCUUCUCUUGUAAGCAUACCAUUUUGUACCAUUUGUCUUUAAAGUC